CCAUAGUGUUGGAAGGGGCUUGCCAUGAGCUACCCUCACAUUCUGCUUCCACUAGUAGUUGUCAAAUAGGAUUAAUAAAUUGGUCAAAAGAAGAGAUAGGGUUUUGAGUGGUGAAUUGUUAAGAAAUCUAUUGGUAAUUUUUUUUUAUUAAUUACUCCCAAUGAAGUUGCAGAUAUGUUUUGUUCAAUUUGAAUUAGAUACAACCAUAUCAGCAGCGAUUAUAAAGCAAGUUCAUAGCAAUGCCCACCCUAAAACCUCCAUCAAACUUCCACGCUCUUCUAAACAAAGACUUGUCUUCUCUACUCAAACUAAACCAAGUUCCCUCCUUUCUUGAGGACGUCACCAAGUACUUGAAACUAUCAGCUGACACCAAAAACCUAAAGCUUGGUAGAGUAAUUCAUGCCCAGUUGAUUGUUACCAAUCAAGCCUCACCAGACCAUGUGAUUGAAAACAAUUCUUUGAUCAAUUCUUACACAAAAUGUGGCGAUGUUUUGAUUGCUCGCCAACUGUUUGAUAGAAUGCGCAGACGAAAUGUAGUUUCAUGGAGCGCUUUGAUGGCAGGGUAUUUCCAUAAUGGGUUUGCUUUGGAAGUUCUCAGAUUGUUCAGAACUAUGAUUUCAGUGGAUUAUUUGAAUCCGAAUGAGUACAUAUUAGCGACAGUUCUUUCAUCUUGUUCUAAUAGAGGAUCACUUCUAGAGGGUUGGCAGUGUCAUGGGUUUGUAUUGAAGUCUGGAUUGGUGUUUCAUCAGUACGUAAAGAAUGCGCUUAUAUACAUGUACUCGUUGUGUGCAGAUGUUGGCGGGGCUAUGAGGGUUUUGAAUUCAGUGCCUGGUUCAGACAUUUUUACUUACAAUUCCAUUAUAAAUGGGUUUCUGAAUCAUGGGUAUUUGAGUGAAGCAUUAGAAGUUUUGGGUAGGAUGGUGGCUGAAUCUGUGGCGUGGGACAAUGUCACUUAUGUGAACGUUUUUGGCCUUUGCACUCGUCUUAAAGAUUUGAAACUUGGUUUGCAAGUUCACAACCGUAUGCUGAGGAGUAAUGUUCAGUUUGAUUUGUUUGUCAGUAGUGCCAUUAUAGACAUGUAUGGGAAAUGUGGUAAGGCUCCAAUUGCAAGGAAAGUUUUUGAUGGGUUGCGAACUCGAAAUGUGGUCUCCUGGACGGCAAUAUUGGCUGCUUAUUUACAAAAUGGGUGCUUUGAGGAAGCAUUGAAACUAUUCAUAGAAAUGGAACUUGAAAUUGAGAAUAUAGUUCCAAAUGAAUAUACCUUUGCUGUAUUGUUGAACUCUAGUGCUGGUCUAUCGGCAAGGGGAUAUGGGAGUUCAUUACAUGCACGUGUCCAGAAGUCGGGGUUUAAGGAUUAUAUAAUUGUGGGGAAUGCUUUGAUCAGUAUGUACUCGAAGAGUGGCAACAUAGAAGCUGCAAAUAAAGUAUUUACAAAUUUGAGAUAUCGAGACUCCAUUACUUGGAACGCAAUGAUAUCUGGAUACUCUCAUCAUGGGCUCGGUAAAGAAGCGUUGUCGGUAUUUUAUGACAUGUUAGCUGCAGAAGAGCAUCCUAACUAUGUAACUUUUGUUGGGGUUCUUUCUGCGUGUGGACACUUGGGUCGAGUACAAGAAGGGUUUUAUUAUUUGCACAAUUUAAUGAAACAAAUGGGCGUUGAACCUGGACUGGAGCACUAUACCUGUAUUGUUGGGCUUCUGAGUAAGGCUGGACUACUUGAUGAAGCUUUGAAUUUCAUGAGGUUUACACCAGUGAAAUGGGACGUGGUUGCUUGGCGUACUUUGGUUAGUGCUUGUCAAGUACAUCAGAAUUAUGGUUUAGGGAAGCAAGUUGCAGACUUUGUCUUACAGAUGGAUCCUGAUGAUGUGGGAACUUAUAUCCUUUUGUCUAAUAUGCAUGCCAAGGCAAAGAGGUGGGAUGGAGUUGUUAAGAUCAGGAAGUUAAUGAGAGAAAUGAACAUAAAGAAAGAGCCAGGGACGAGUUGGACAGAGAUAAGAAAUAAUACUCAUGUCUUUGCUUCUGAUGACAAUAAACAUCCAGAAGCUAGUCAAAUUCGUGAUAAGGUAAGGGAACUGUUGGCAAAGAUAAAACCACUGGGGUAUGUGCCAGAUGUUGCUGCUGUACUGCAUGAUGUGGAGGAGGAACAGAAGGAAGAUUAUCUUAGUUUUCAUAGUGAGAAGCUGGCCAUAGCAUACGCCCUCAUGAAAACACCUCCAGAAGCACCAAUCCGAGUGAUUAAGAACCUUAGGAUGUGCGAUGACUGCCACUCUGCUAUUAAAUUUAUCUCAAAGGUCACAAACAGGGAAAUAAUCGUAAGAGAUGUCAACCGCUUUCACUGUUUUCGUGAUGGAUGCUGUUCAUGUGCAGAUUAUUGGUGAUGUAUUGAUGCUUUUUGUUCAUGUAAUGGGUGAAUAGUGGAGGAAAUUUCAGCUAUGGAACGGAGAGGUCACUAGCAACAAAUCAGCCUCCAUCGCAGCUCAAAGAGAAUAAGCUCAUUUUGAGGAUGUCCCUAGCCACCGUGACAUAUCAAAAUAUGACGUUGCCUUAUCAACAGCAUGUCCUGGUCUUGAUUAUAUUGUGGUGGAAACAACUGGCGCAGCACAAGCAUGUGUGGAGUUACUUCGUAACAAAAAACUUGGUGUUGCAACGUUUAUGAUUUUGGAGAAGCAAGUUGACCAUUUACCUAGAUUGAAGGAGAGAGUAAGCACUCCCUAGGGAGUUCCACGCCUAUUUGAUUAGAUUAAAGUUCAAGAUGAGAGAAUGAAACUUGCUUUCUUUGCAGCAAUGGGGAAUACAGUUGUUGCAGAAAAUAUUGAUCAGGCUACACGUAUUGCAUAUGGUGGAAACAGAGAUUUUCGGCGCGUAGUAACACUUGAUGGUGCUCUUUUUGAAAAAUCUGGUACUAUGAGUGGUGGUGGAAAUAAGCCACGAGGUGGCAAGAUGGGAUCAUCAAUCCGAGUGAUAACUGUUUCUGCAGAAGCUGUUGCAACUGCUGAGAAAGAGCUUUCUGCAAUGGUUGAUAAAUUAGUUAGCCUACAUCAAAGAACUGAUGAUGCAGUGAGGCAUUACCAGGCCUCAAAAAAACUAGUAUCAAAUUUGGAGAUGGAUUUAGCCAAAAGCCAG